GCGGGACGACAGCAUGCGGAGGGUUCCGACGGUGCUGGUUCUGCUGGGGCUGCUGCUGGCAGCGGGGCACGGAGCCGUCAUCACCGGGGCCUGUGACCGGGACCAGCAGUGCGGGGGAGGGAUGUGCUGCGCCGUCAGCCUCUGGAUCCGCAGCCUCCGAAUGUGCACACCGAUGGGAAAUCUGGGAGAAGAAUGCCAUCCUUUGAGUCACCGAGUUCCCUUCCCUGGGAGGAGGAUGCAUCACACCUGUCCCUGUCUCCCCGGCCUGGCCUGCCUAAGGACUUCUCCCACUAAAUUCAGAUGUUUACCAGACUUCAGAAAAGAAGAUGUCUUUUUUUAGCAGGACCUGUUCUGCAUCAGACAGAGCCACUCGAUGUCUUCUUAUUCUUGUUGUCGUGACAAACAAGGUACUUGCCAGGGGAAGCCCUUUCCCACACCUCCUGCCUCACUGACAUGAAACCUGAGGAUGAGAUUCUGUGCUGUAGUGGCCAAGGCUUUCAGGAGGGACUCCUGCUUUCAUUUUGGGGUAAGCAAAAAAAGAGGUUUGCUAAGGUGAUGCUGCUUUCUGAGGGCAGGAGCUUAAUGCUUUCUGAUCCUUCAUGGGAUCCUCGUGGUUCCAGCUGAACCCCAGAAUGAAACCAGUCAAGACUAUUGUCAGUUUGGGGAAAUUUUUUGCCCAUGUUUUUACACUUGGGAAUGCCUGAAUCGAACUGAGAGGUGAAUAAUCACCUAGUGUGAAGCCCAACCCCCCCCUGUAUUUACAUUGCAUUUCAUAUCUUUAUUAAUAUAACUGUAUUUAUAAGUUAUGUACAUCUCUAGGGUAAAAGUUUAACCAGUAGAUGUAGUUUUCCCACUUUUAAAAAGUGGCAGGUGGAACCAAAGCAUUCCAGUAUUCAAAGCAUUAAAAAAAUUGUGUUAUUUUAGUAUUCUGAGAGGAAGUUGUUGUUACUUGAGUUGGUGUAAAACUACCUGAUCAUCUCAAACUCUGUAUUAAGAUUUAGUUUGUAUUAAAAAAGGAACCCUGAAGUUUAUUGUAAUGCAC